AUGCUGUCUACCAUGCAAUGGGUAGCUCUCGUGCUACUUGUCUCCCGGACAGACGCCUCUCAGCUCUCUGCUAUUCACACUCCACAUUCUCCAAUGUAUGAUCCAUCAAGCAGUAGUACCACGACAUGUACAUCUGAGCAGAUUAAUCACUGGCCCACUUCAUCCAUCAAAUCUAGUGAUACCACCAUCGACACCACUACUGCGGUUCAGGUGCCACCGCCGAUGAACACUUCAACUAUAUCGACAACAUCAACAGCAUGCUUAAAUAGCACUAUCACCACUACCAUCAUAGUUUCAACGGCUGAAACACACUGGUCGACGACCGCAUCCACUACCACUACUACGGUAAUGAAUACAACUACCGACAUUAUCAAAGAUACUAUCACGGAUACCACUACGGAAACAACUACGGAAACAACUACCGAUACUACAACAGCAACGAGUACAAUUACCGUGCCCACGACCAUUACAGAAGCUCCAAAUCCCUGUCCGACAACUUGCAGCAUGUCCGUGGGAACCGUCAACUUGGUCUACUGGCCAACGAACCAACCACACCACGUUUACCCAUCGACUUACAUCAAUUCGCAUCUCGAUUACACAUUUACCUCACCGUCAGUGUACAUGAUCGUCGACUACCUCUAUGGCUACAACACCGCUGGUCGGACCGGGCCCUCUGGCACCAGCGUAGUGUUUCCCCUUGACCUGGAUCAAGUCUCGACCAUAGAUCUCACCAACUCAGCGACACGCCAGCUUACCCUGAACGACCUCGGUACAGACUGCCCACAAACCGAAGCUCCCUCGGUGAUCGCAACGGCAGCGCCUAACAGCCGAUGUGAUCCUAUUCUUGUGGCUCCGGAGCCCGUCAAAUCAUGGGCUUCGCCUUGCAACGCAUGCGGUAACUUUGGGAUGUUCGACCCCCCGUAUGCAGUGGCUCCGCUCACUGGGGAUCUGGUACCGGUGACAACGACUGUUGCGCCCCAGUCGGAAACACAGACUAUCCCCGGUAUAAGUUCUGUCACUGAAACUACUGCUACACCGGUAAGCUCUACAAAGGUGGCGGAUACUACGGAGUCCACUUCACCAAGUGAGGAGGCUACUUCUCCUGUUGUAGAAACGACUUCUCCUCAGACUGAGAUUACUCCUUCCCAUGUGAUCCCAAAUCUGGCGCCAUCUAGCACUGGCCAGACUGGUGCUGCAUCAUCAUCCUUCAGUUCAGUCUCCAGUCCAGCUACUACUUCCCCGGUGUUCAAUUCUGCAACCAAAGAAAGUUGUCGUGGUACAUGGCUGGGUUUGAGUUUGUUCGCGUUGGCAUUUUUGCUGUAA